AUGGGGCGCUACUCCGGCAAGACCUGCCGCCUGAUCUUCAUGCUGGUGCUGACCUCCGGCUUCUUCGUGGCCGAGCUGGUCUCCGGCUACCUGGGCAACUCCAUCGCGCUGGUGUCGGACUCGUUCAACAUGCUCUCGGACCUCAUCUCGCUGUGCGUGGGCAUCGCCACCGGGCGCAUCUCCCGCCGCGCCCGCCGGGGCCCCGGCGCCACCUACGGCUACGGCCGCGCCGAGGCGGUGGGGGCGCUUAGCAACGCCGUCUUCCUCACCGCCCUCUGCUUCACCAUCCUGGUGGAGGCGGUGCUGCGCCUGGCCCGGCCCGAGCGCAUCGACGGCCCCGAGCUGGUGCUCAUCGUAGGGGCGCUGGGCCUGGCCGUCAACCUGGUGGGGCUGCUCAUCUUCCAGGACUGGGGCUCCUGCUGCGGCCGCCGGCAGCCCCGCGCCGCCGCCCCAGAGCAGGUUUCUUCUUUGAAUGCAGGUGAUUCCCUGAACACUCAGAAAAGGCCUGAAGAGCAGACAGUACAGAAAAAAGAGAAAAAGUCUGAAGCUUUGAACAUCAGAGGUGUUCUUUUACAUGUGAUGGGAGAUGCACUUGGAUCUGUGAUUGUGGUAGUUGCUGCUGCAAUAUUCUAUGCACUUCCCCUGGAUGCCAAUACUCCGUGUAAUUGGCAAUGUUACGUUGAUCCAAGCCUGACAUUAGUUAUGGUGGUCAUCAUUUUGUCCUCUGCCUUCCCACUUAUCAAAGAGACCGCAACCAUUUUACUGCAAAUGGUUCCCAAAGGUGUUAAUAUGCAAGGACUGACGGAAAGACUAACUGAUGUGCCAGGGGUUAGCAGCCUUCAUGAGGUGCAUGUCUGGGAACUGGCAGGUGGGAAGAAUAUUGCUACCCUUCAUGUCAAGUGCCAAACCACUUCCGAUUACCAAGAUGCCUCUUAUAAAAUGCGGGAGGUUUUCCACGAAGCGGGGAUCCAUUCUGUAACCAUCCAACCGGAGUACAUUGACCACAAGACCUCUGAGCUAAUAUGCAGCUCACCCUGUAUCUCAAAAGCUUGUGCUUCUCAGUUGUGUUGCCCUCAGCAGGAAGUUGCAGUUACUCAUGAUAAUGGUUGUCUUGAGAAAAAUGGCCUUUCCCCAACACUGCAUAAAAACAAUAGUAUAAAUGAAAAUGCUGUUGAAAUUCCUAUUGAGCAUACAUUGGCAGGGGCUGUAAUUAAAAAUACAGACAAUUGUAAAAAAUCAGAUGACAAAUCAUAUCUACACAGUACACACUUUUAAAACAGUUAAUUUUACACUUCAUAAUCUUUGUAUAGAACAAAGCCUAAUGGCCAAAAAAGUCAGAGGCCAUUGGUUGGAGCUGAAGUGCGCGUUGGAAAAGCCAUCUCUGUUGUAGCUAUAAACCAAAACAUAUGUAAAAACCUGUUAUCUGAAAUUAGGAUUAUUAUCAUCUUAAUUUUUUACAUUCACUUAAAAUAGUGAUAAUGCAAUUUAACACUAAUUUCUUAAGCUAACUAGAUGGGAAUUUUUAUUUUUAGAGUGUAGCAGGUGUACUUCAGUGUAGAUUGAUGCUCACAGUUUAUAGCCAAUGGCACUGGGAAUUAAACUCUGGUCUUUUUAAUGAAAUGGGCUGCUUAAAGAAAGCCCUGUAGUGCAUUGAUGAUUCUACUGGAUUGAACUUUUGUAUCAUCAUUAAGGAAUUUGGUAGAUAGGUUUUUCGCUAAUCCUUAAACUCAGUUUACAUAGUCAGGAAUUUUCAGUUGUAACCAUAACUCUUGUGCUUCUGAACUGUGAGCUUGUGAAUGAAAUCAAAGUGUCUGAUAGCUGGAAAACACACACAGGAAUGUUUGACUUUUUCUGGACUGCUUCUUGUUUUGAGGAGAUGGAGCAGAAGCUGAUUUCUUCUCUAAUAAUAGUAUGUUAUAUAGUAAUAUAUUUAUUUCUGAUUAGUGUAAAGAAUGCACUUGCUGACAUUAAAGCACAGGAACAUUUGAUAAUUAAUUUUGUAUGAGGAUUGUGUCUACUCUAGUAAAUGGAAAUGUAGACACUCAUCCAAUUAAUUCUGUGUUUGUUCACCAUUUUGAUUGUAAAAUUCAAUUUGUUUUGCUGACCAAAGUAAUUGUAAUAACUACAACUGGGUCCAAUAUGUCAAGUUAGGUGGGAAUUACUGUGAUUUCUUUAACAUACCGUAUCUUAGUUUUCACUCAUAAUGAAUAAAUAAGCUAGUGUUACCUAUUCAUGAAUAGCUUUGAUUCUGCAAUUCCAUUCUUUUCAGUAAGACACAGUUCAAUCUUUUGUUUAUUAAGAAAGUUACUUAAAAUUUGAUAUAAUUUUUAUGCUUAAAGGGAACUUUUUAAAAACUAUGGCAGUUUAUUGCCUUGAUUUUAUCACAGUAGCUUCUUUGGGUUCAUUUUAAAGGUUUUAAGCGUCCCACGCUCCCCCACAGAGCUGUAUUUCAAAACAUUAUAUUAUGUGCACAAUUUCCACUACCACUAGGAAAUGUAGCCUCCUAGUUCUGUUUUUAGAAUCCAUUCUCAGGUGCUUUGAGGAAAAAUAAGACACCUCACCCUAGUACCAGGGUUGGGCUUAGGCCUGGGCUGAGUCUACUUUUCCAAGAGGGAACUAGAACCUACAUACCCUGGCUGAGAACCACUUGACCUCGCCUUGUUAGGCAGCUCAGCUCUACCAGUGCUCACAAUCAGAACCUUCAGAAUGUGUUCAUUGUUAAAAACAGCCUUUCAAUAUCUUACUCACCCAGGGUACGCUUCCUGUUUAUCUGCUGACCCAUAAUUCAGCAUCACCUUGUGAGGAUGGGUAAAGAGAUUCUGUGCCUGGGCUGCUAAAUUUCUAGGACCCGUAGGUUAGGCUGGUUUGAAAGUAGCAUAGCCAUGUUUUGUACAGCCAAUUACAUCCUCUUAAAAUAAUCUUAAAGGCAAGACUUAAUAAAGCAUACAGCCCGGUUUCUCUUUGCUUGAGAAUUUCCAUUUUCUCAAAGAGCCAUUGAAAUCAACAUAGCAUGUAAUACCCAUUUAAGAUCUAUAUUUAUCCUCUUUAAGCAGGUUUUAUCUCUUGGGUAAAUAGAUCUAUUUUUAUUAUAUAGAUUAAAUUGCAUGUCAACAUUGCAGUCUUUUUGACCCAGUCAUCCCAUUGACAUCAGUUGGAGAUUUGGUUGUGUAAGAACUGCAGAGUCAUGCUGUAGGGGUGUUGCCCAAAGUGCCAAGUCAGGAACCAACAUCUUUUUAUACUGCUCUGCCUUUUAAAAGAAUAUGGCUUGAGCUUAAGACCGCCCUUGCUUCUGUUGGGUUGGUAUAUAACUAUGGUGUUAUUUAAAUGUAAUUUCCUUUGUAUCUAACUUACUUAUAUUUCCUUUUGAGAAUGAAAGAAGAAAUGGCAAACUCUUUCCCCCAAAAUCGUAAAUAUUAGUAUGAUGGAACUUAAAAAAAAAAAAAAUCUCACCUUCACACUUGGGUACAUAGAUCUUAAAUCAGGUUACCAUGUUUUGUAUUAAGUUUGAAAGAUUGGUUGUCAGUAUUGUUUAUUACUGUGGAAUUAAAAAAAACUAAUAAGUGUGUAAUGCCUUGAUGUUUGCUUAUAUAGACCAUCUUCUUUCUCUUUUCCCCCCUCUAAUGUUUGAUAAAGUGGUGAUUACCUACUUCUCAGGUUCUUUAAAAUAUUGUAACCUGAAUAUAUAGUGAAGUAAUUCUCUUCUACUUGUAUGCUUACCUGUUAAUAUUAAUAUACUUUAUCUGUGACCUAUGAAUAGAUAAGCAAAUAGCAGGGACUAUAGAAAUCUUCAGGUACAGAAAUCAAAUAGCUUCAGACUUUGCUUCAUUGUACUAAAUCUGUUUACAUUACUUAAAAGCAUUUAAUUAUGAAGAUGGGCCUUGCCUUCUCUCUGUAGGGAUGAUGAGCACUUUCCUAGUAGGA